AUGGUAGAGUUUGAAAAUUGUAGGCGGGAGUUGGAGGAACUGUAUAGACAGGAAGAAAUCAUGUGGAGACAAAGAUCAAAGGCCCUGUGGUUAAAAGAAGGAGAUAAGAAUACGAAGUACUUUCAUGCGGUGGCUUCGAUGCGGAAACAACGCAAAGGGAUUGUUGGUAUAAAGAAUGAAGCUGGGCUAUGGUUUUCUGAUCCUUUGCAGAUGGAGGCGGAAUUUACUCGGUAUUUUAGGAAUAUUUUUACCUCGGAUACUCACACUAUGACUUCGAUUGAGAAAGUAGUAGAGUGCUUGGAUAAUCGCAUAACAGAGGACAUGCGUUUGGUGAUGGAUGCUGCUUAUACACCUGAAGACAUAAAACAGGCUGCUUUUCAAAUGCAGGGUGAUAAGGCGCCAGGUCUUGACGGUAUGACACCAUUAUUUUUUCAGAAGUGUUGGCAUAUUGUUGGACAGGAUGUCAUCUCGUUGGCUUUAGCUUUCUUAAAUGAAGGUCAGUCACUGCCUGAUAUUAAUCAUACCAAUAUUGUUUUAAUUCCAAAGGUUAGUUCACCUGAGUCACCUAAGGACUUUCGGCCGAUAAGUCUUUGUAACGUGGUCUUUAAAAUUAUCUCAAAGGCAUUAGCUAACAGAUUGAAUAUGUUUUUGUCUGACAUUAUUGGAGACAAUCAGAGUGCUUUCGUUCCGGAGCGAAUGAUCUUUGAUAAUGCCAUGAUUGCGUUUGAGACAAUACAUCACAUGAGUAAUAAACGGGGUGGUCGGAAAGCUUAUAUGACCUUAAAGUUGGAUUUAAGUAAGGCAUAUGACCGAGUUGAGUGGGAUUUCUUGAAGCUUGCAUGUAUCAAAUGGGUUUCACUGAUAAAUGGGUUUCACAGGGGUGACAUUAAGGGAGUUUCGGUUUCAAGGUCAGCACCGUGUGUAUCUCACUUAUUUUUUGCAGAUGACAGCAUUCUUUUCCUUCGGGCAAAAGAAUCGGAAUGUAAGAAUAUUGUGAAUAUUUUGAAGGAUUUUGGAAUAGCUUCUGGGCAGCAGGUGAAUAUUGAUAAGUCUUCUAUUUUUUUUAGUGCAAACACUCCUGUCAGGUUACAAGCAGAUAUAAUGAAUUCCUUGGGUGUUCACAAGAUUCUGGACAAGGAUAAGUAUUUGGGCUUGCCGAUUAUGAUUGGACGUUCGAAGGUACGGGAGUUUCGCUACAUAAAGGAUAGGCUCAUACAAUGUGUGCAGCGAUGGAGUAGCAAGCUUUUCUUUAUUGCAGGAAAGGCUGUCAUGAUCCAAUCGGUGGCACAGGCUAUUCCAGUCUAUCUUAUGAGUAUAUUUCGUUUUCCGAAAUCAUUCAUUCAGGAGUUAAAUGGGGUCAUUGCCAAAUUUUGGUGGGGGGAUACUGAUAAUAGGAGACUGAUUCAUUGGAAAUCAUGGGAAUCUUUAUGUGUUUCGAAGGCGGAUGGGGGCUUAGGAUUUCGAGAUUUUGAAGCGUUUAAUUUGUCAUUGCUGGCGAAACAAUGUUGGCGUCUAGUCCAGAAUCCAAAUCCGUUAUGUUUUAGGAUUUUAAGGGCAAAAUACUUCCCUUCUGGACUUUUUCUUUCGGCAACAUUGGGUUCUAACCCAUCAUUUUUAUGGCGCAACAAUCCCCCGUCUUAUGCACCUCGGCCUCGAGAUGGAAUAGUCAAAAUGCCGAUGAAAGUAGCGGAGUUGAUGGAUUUUGAUAGUAGAUCAUGGCGAGAAGAGAAGUUGCUUGAGCUCUUUUGUAUUGAUGAUGUUUUCAAGAUAAUGUGCUUGCCCAUCCCACGAGUGUCUGCCAGGGAUUCUUUAGUUUGGAAUGUGACUGAUCUUGGUGAUUUUUCAGUUAGAUCUGCCUACUAUGUUGCGUGCAAGAUCCUUCGUAAUGAGGAGUCACAAAUUGAGAAUCGUGAUUCUGUUUGGAAACUGAUAUGGAAUGCGAAUGUUUUGCCAAAAAUGAAAUUUUUUAUAUGGAGAGUGGUUUUGAAUAUUUUGCCUUUAAAGACAGCUCUGAUAAGGCGAGGGCUGGAUAUUGAUGAUUUCUGUAAUACUUGCGGUGGACGUGAGGUAAGUGCUUUCCAUGUCUUUUUCGAAUGUCCUUUGAGCAAGCGUGUCUGGGAAUUAAGUGCACCUUGGGUGGAACCAUGUAUUUCGGACUGGGAUGGGGAGUGUGAAUUCUGGUCUUAUUUUCUAUCCAAGGCUGCGAGGGUUGGAUGUCUUGACAAGGUGAUGUGUUUCAUGUGGCUCUUGUGGCAAAAUCGAAAUUCGUGUGUUUAUGAUCAGACUUGUCACAUGCCGGGUGCAUUGACAGCAGCUGGAGAACAUAUGUUGCGGCAGACUCAUGGGUUAUCACCAAGCUCGCAGAUCCAGUUUGGGAGUGGUAGUCGACGGCUUGCGAGAUUGCACCCUCCUCCUCAUGGCAUGGUUAAAAUUAAUGUCGAUGCUUAUUUUUCGGAACAGGAAGGGGUAGCGGGCCUCGGGGUGGUUAUUCGUGGCUUUAAUGGUGAUGUCAUGGUAAGUGCCUCGAGGGAAUUAUUGUUUGUAUCUAGUCCAUUGUAUGCCGAGGUUCAUGCCUUGCUUUUUGCCUUUGAAUUAGCUUUGGAAUGGGAUGUUACAAAUUGUGUUAUUGAGAGUGAUUGCUUAAUUGCAAUUAAGGAAAUUAAGAGCUCAAAACCAUGUUGGUGGGACGGAGGAAAUCUUAUUUAUGAGAUUAGGGACUUGGCUUUGUUGUUUGAUGAGUGUGUUUUUGCUCAUGUAAAUAGGGAAGCCAAUGUUUUGGCACAUAGAUUAGCUGCGUUAAGGGUUAACUGUGUGUGGAGCGGGUGUUUAGCGCCCGGCGUUUGUAAUCCCAAUUCUUCUCAUCAAUAA